AUGAAGUUGGGAUUUGUGUUCAUAUUCUUAAUUUAUUUUAGAUAUAGUGCUGGAGUAAAACUGCUUGAAGCGAAUCCAGAUGUAAAGCGGUUAUAUGACGACCUCCUAAGUAAUUAUAAUCGUCUGAUACGACCAGUGACCAAUGUCAGUGACAUCUUGACUGUAAGACUUGGUUUAAAACUGUCACAACUGAUGGAAGUCAACCUCAAGAACCAGGUCAUGACAACGAACCUUUGGGUGGAACAAAAAUGGUACGACUACAAGCUGCAAUGGAACCCUGAAGACUAUGGAGGAGUAGAGAUGUUGUAUGUGCCUUCAGAACACAUCUGGUUGCCAGAUAUCGUGCUUUACAACAAUUGGGAUGGAAAUUAUGAAGUGACACUGAUGACAAAGGCCACGUUAAAAUACACUGGAGAGGUGAACUGGAAGCCACCAGCCAUCUACAAGUCUUCAUGUGAGAUCAACGUGGAGUACUUCCCAUUUGAUGAGCAGACUUGCUUCAUGAAGUUCGGAUCGUGGACGUAUAAUGGAGCUCAGGUUGACUUAAAGCAUAUGGACCAGUCUCCAGGCAGCAGCUUGGUGCACGUUGGUAUUGAUUUGAGCGAGUUCUACCUCUCAGUGGAAUGGGACAUUUUGGAAGUACCGGCUACGAGGAAUGAAGAAUACUAUCCUUGCUGUCCAGAGCCGUUUUCAGAUAUAACAUUUAAGCUGACAAUGCGACGAAAGACAUUGUUUUACACAGUGAACCUAAUCAUACCCUGCGUUGGUCUGACGUUCCUGACUGUACUCGUCUUCUAUCUACCUUCAGACUCUGGUGAAAAGAUAUCGCUCUGCAUCUCCAUCCUGGUGUCCCUCACUGUGUUCUUCCUUGGUCUGGCUGAGAUCAUUCCGCCAACAUCCCUGGCAAUCCCCUUGCUUGGGAAAUAUCUACUAUUCACGAUGAUACUCGUCUCGCUCAGCGUUUGGGUGACUGUUUGCAUACUUAACGUGCAUUUCAGGUCUCCAUCAACACAUACGAUGUCUCCGUGGAUGAAGAAGCUGUUCUUGCAGUUGAUGCCGAAACUCCUUAUGAUGAGGAGAACCAAGUACUCUUUACCGGAUUAUGACGAUACCUUCGUGUCUAACGGCUAUACCAAUGAGUUGGAGAUGAGCAGGGACAGCUUAACGGAUGCCUUUGGUGAUUCCAAAGAUAAUGGUGAUUAUCGUAAAUCACCAGCUCCAGAAGAUGAUAUGCUGUCUGCUGGAGGUGCUCAUCAAAGACCUUCAGUGACUGAAUCAGAGAACAUGUUGCCGCGUCACCUCUCGCCUGAAGUGGCUGCUGCAUUGAAGAGUGUCAGGUUCAUAGCACAACACAUCAAGGAUGCUGAUAAAGAUAAUGAGGUGGUAGAAGACUGGAAAUUCAUGUCGAUGGUACUAGAUCGCUUCUUCCUAUGGCUGUUCACCAUCGCUUGCUUCGUCGGCACCUUCGGCAUCAUCUUCCAGUCACCUUCACUCUACGACACCAGGGUACCAGUAGACCAGCAAAUCUCGUCCAUACCGAUGAAAAAGAACAACUUCUUCUACCCUAAAGAUAUUGAAACUAUUGGUAUUAUCAGUUAA